AUGCGCGAGAUCAUCAGCAUCAACGUCGGCCAGGCUGGUUGCCAAAUUGCCAAUUCUUGCUGGGAGCCUGAUGGUUACCUCACCGAGGAACGCAAGGCCGCUGAACCAGACCAGGGCUUCAGCACUUUCUUCUCUGAGACUGGCCAGGGCAAAUAUGUCCCCCGCACGAUUUACGCCGAUCUCGAGCCCAACGUUGUCGAUGAGGUCCGCACCGGCCCGUACAGGAGCUUGUUCCACCCCGAGCACAUGAUCACUGGAAAGGAGGAUGCUUCCAACAACUACGCACGUGGGCACUACACCGUUGGCAAGGAGUUGAUCGACCAGGUCCUGGACAAGAUCCGACGUGUUGCCGACAACUGCAGUGGCCUCCAGGGCUUCUUGGUCUUCCACUCCUUCGGUGGUGGCACUGGUUCGGGUUUCGGUGCUCUGCUGAUGGAGCGACUCUCGGUCGAUUACGGAAAGAAGAGCAAACUUGAGUUCUGCGUCUAUCCUGCCCCGCAGACCGCUACGUCAGUUGUCGAGCCCUACAACUCCAUCCUCACCACCCACACCACCCUCGAGCACGCCGACUGCUCGUUCAUGGUCGACAACGAGGCCAUCUAUGACAUCUGCCGCCGGAACCUUGGUCUCGAGCGCCCCAACUACGAGAACCUCAACCGUCUGAUUGCUCAAGUUGUUUCGUCUAUCACCGCCUCCCUCCGUUUCGAUGGCUCCUUGAACGUCGAUCUCAAUGAGUUCCAAACCAACCUGGUCCCAUAUCCUCGCAUUCACUUCCCGCUUGUCGCUUAUGCCCCGGUUGUCUCGGCUGCCAAGGCUGCCCACGAGGCCAACUCGGUCUUGGAGAUGACCAUGUCCUGCUUCGAGCCCAACAACCAGAUGGUGAAGUGUGACCCCCGUCACGGAAAGUACAUGGCCACAUGUCUGCUGUACCGUGGUGAUGUCGUCCCCAAGGACGCCCACGGCGCCGUCGCUACCCUGAAGACCAAGCGCACCAUCCAGUUCGUCGACUGGUGCCCUACUGGCUUCAAGCUUGGUAUCUGCUACCAGCCGCCCCACCAGGUCCCCAAUGGUGACCUCGCAAAGGUCAACCGUGCUGUAUGCAUGCUUUCCAACACGACUGCCAUUGCCGAGGCUUGGGCUGCGCUUUCCACCAAGUUCGACCUUAUGUACUCGAAGCGUGCGUUCGUCCACUGGUACGUUGGUGAGGGUAUGGAGGAAGGCGAGUUCUCUGAGGCCCGCGAGGAUCUUGCUGCCCUUGAGCGCGAUUAUGAGGAGGUUGCCACCGAUUCUAUCGAGGGUGACGAUGGUCUGGAGCCUGAACAGGUGGGCGAAGCACGGGCCGCACCCACCUCACGUCUCUUGCAAUCAAUCUUGACCUCCUCGUGCCAUCCUCCCCAGCCGUCGCAGGGCUGUGACGAGAGGGUUCCGAACCUGCACCUCUCACCAGACGAGAAGCGUGUCUACGGCCAACUCUUCCGUCAGGCCGACACGGAUAAUGUGGGAGUCGUGACAGGCGAGGUGGCCGUAAAGUUCUUUGAGAAGACACGGCUAGACUCUCGGGUUUUGGGAGAGAUCUGGCAGAUCGCCGACAAGGAGAACCGAGGCUUCCUCACCCCCGCUGGCUUUGGCGUCGUGCUGCGACUCAUAGGCCAUGCGCAAGCUGGCCGCGAACCGUCUCCCGCGGUCGCCUUACAAGAAGGACCGCUUCCCCGAUUUGAUGGCCUUACUGUAGCCGGCGUCCCCAUCGCGCCACCACCGCCGGCGGGCCUCCAGUCCCAAACCACUGGCAGCGGUCCCAUUCGCAUCCCGCCAUUGACCCCCGAGAAAGUGGCCCAGUACUCGAGCCUAUUUGAGCGGCAGGGCCUCCAGAACGGCAACAUGCUUCCCGGGGACCAGGCGAAGCAGAUCUUCGAGAAGUCAGGGUUGCCCAACGAAAUCCUGGGUCGGAUCUGGAUGCUUGCCGACACGGAGCAACGGGGCGCUUUGGUCCUCACCGAAUUCGUCAUCGCCAUGCACCUCCUCACGUCCAUGAAGACCGGCACAUUGCGCGGCCUGCCCAACAUCCUCCCGGCUGCCUUGUACGAAGCUGCCACGCGUCGUGGAUCCGUUACCGGGCCCGUUCCGAGACAGCAAUCGCCCACGAGCGCAACGCCCCCGAUUCCGGCAAUACCCCGACAACUGAGUGGGCAGGCGGCCCUGGCACAGAUGCGGACGGGCAGCCCGCUGGGACGACCGCCACUGGCACAGCAGACUACAGGGGACUGGCUUAUCACGCCUCCCGACAAGGCCCGGUUUGAUCAGCUCUACGCAGAGCUGGAUAAGGCCAAUAAGGGAUUUAUCACAGGAGAGGAAGCCGUGCUAUUUUUCAGCCAGUCGAACCUGCCCGAAGACACCCUCGCCCAGAUUUGGGACCUUGCAGAUAUCAACUCUGAGGGUCGACUCAACAAGGACACGUUUGCCGUUGCAAUGUACCUGAUCCGGCAACAGAGGAGCAAGCGUGAUGGGCCCUCGAUUCUGCCCGCGGCUCUACCACCGAACCUGAUCCCUCCGAGCCUGCGGAACCAGGCCCGCCCACCAACGGUAGCGUCGCCCUUUGAUGCCCCACCGCCUCCUGUAGCCCAACCUAAGCCGUCUGCGCUCGAUGACCUGUUCGGUCUCGAUUCAUCACCUUCUCCAGCACCACCCCAAGUCGCUGUGGGUACGGGUGGAUCGAACACGAACGAUCCAUUUGGAAGCAGUUUCAGCCCCCCAACUCCGUCGUCGCCGAUAAGGCAGUCGGCAACCGGGACAAGCUUUAAGCCGUUUAUACCGUCUUCCUCCUUCGGUCGGGGCCUCGUUCCUCAAGCAACUGGUGGCUCAAACGGCUCGGCAUCACCCUUGCCGAAAUCUGGGCCGCAGCCAGCUAUCGUGGAAGAUGAUCUUCUGGGAGACAAUGACCCCGAAGUUAGCAAGAAUCUCUCCAACGAGACUACUGAGCUUGCCAACCUGUCGAACCAGGUCGGGUCCCUCUCGAAGCAAAUGCAAGAUGUUCAGGGCCAGCGCACUGCCACUCAAAACGAGCUGAACCGGGCGAGUGCACAGAAGAAGAAUUUUGAGACCCGGCUGGCGCAGCUCAGGGCUGCGUACGAGAAGGAGGCCAAGGAUGUCCGGGCUCUAGAGCAGCAGCUCACUGCGUCGAGGAACGAGACCAAGAAGAUCCAAACCGAACUUGCCAUGCUUGACGGCACCCUCCAGGAUCUGCAGAACCAGCACCGCCAGGUGUUCACAGCACUCCAGGCCGACCAACAAGAGAAUGCCAGCCUCAAGGAGCGUAUCCGGGCUGCCAACGGCGAGAUUGCCCAGCUAAAGCCGCAGAUCGAGAAGCUCAAGUCAGAGGCUCGACAGCAGAAGGGCCUCGUGGCGAUCAACAAGAAGCAGCUCGCCACGAACGAAGGCGAGCGUGACAAGCUCAAGCUCGAAGCUGAUGAGCUCACCAAGAGCAACGAAGAAUUGGCCCGACAGAUCAGCUCUGGCUCCCCACCUCCCGGCCAAGCCAACAGUCCAGCACUUUCUACGACAACGGCUAAUAACCCCUUCUUCCGCCGGACUGGCAGCACUGACAUUGCUGGGGCCUUUGCGUCCCCCCCUGUGAAGGGGUUCAACGACAAGUCGUUCGAUGACGUGUUUGGCCCGUCGUUCUCAGCGGGGGGGCCGACGACGGGUACGCCACCUCCGGUCACAUCCUUCAAGCCACAGACUACGGGGACUUCUACUGGUAGCGCCGGCUCUUUCUCGACACCUGGUGCAUCUGCUAGCCCCAACAUGAGCCGACAGCAGACCCUUAAUGCCGAACCUCCCCAAGCUCCGGACUCGAGGCAACUAAGUUCAAACUACCUGCCUUUUGCGGUGACCCCGGAACCAUCCCGCCAGGUUUCGCCGCCAGCCAGCCGGCUUGGCCAGGUAGAGACUGCCGCAGAUGAAGCACGGACGAAUCUUACCGCCCUUGGUUCGGGUUCGGGUUCGGGUUCCGGAUCUGAGGUGGCCAAGAAUGCUGCUUCGCCGACGACCGAAAAUGUGCCAACAAGCAAUGGUGCGAAUUCGCUUUUUGGCGCAGCUCCGGCUGAUGAGGCAAAGGCCAAGGAGGACUUUGAGUCGGCGUUUGCCAGCUUCAAGACUGCCCAGGCAAAGAGCCCGGUGGGUCCUAGCGUGGACGCCAACAAGACUUUCUCGUCGUUUAAUACCGAGUUCCCUCCCAUCUCGGAGCUGGAGCGGGAUGACGAGUCGGAGUCGGACAGCGACCGGGGUGGCUUCGAUGAUGAUUUUGCACCGGCAUCGCCGCCAAGCAAGGCGCCUGAGAAGAACGAGGCUACUUCGAAACAUUCGUCCCCCACGCUUCCCAAGGCCUUGCCUGUUGAAUCUGCACCAUCGUCACCCGAUACAAGCUCAACGCUGGGCACUGAGCGGCCAACAACAAGUGACGAACCCUUGCCGCCUGCUCCAGCACAAGACAACGCCGCCAACGCCACUGGAACUAACGUCGAUGAUAUCUUUGGCUCCUCUGCAGCUCUCCCGCCAUCAAAUGCAACUGCACCAUCGACUGAACCGGCCACCGCCAAGGUCGCAUUCGAAGACUCAGAUGACGAUUUCGAUGGUUUGGAGGAUGCCAAAGAGGGCUCAGCGGACGAUGAUUUUGCAAACAUCUCGCGUUCCGGCCUGGACGACUUCAACCCAGUGUUUGACAGCAGCCCGCCUCGCAGCCAGGCCGCGAAGAGCGACUCGGCCAACACGAACGCCGCGUUCGGGACCGAGAGCAGUUUCGACUUUGGGUCCCUAUCGACGACUUCAGCGGGAGGAGGCACAACCGUGGGAGUUCCGUCGGGGGCCGGCUCCGGGGCCACGCAGCCACAGAAGGCACCGAACCCGCCGGAUUCCCACGACUGGGACGCCAUCUUUGCGAGCCUCGACGACGCGCCGCCUGCCAGCUCACCCUCUCCCCCCGGUGCUGCCACCAACCUCAAUGGGAGUGCCAAGGAGUCGGCCAAGGAACCGGCGCGGCCUACCGCUCCCGGCAGGGCCCUCAGCGAAGAAGGGGAGCACGAUGACCCAAUCCUGAAGAACCUGACCAGCAUGGGCUACUCGAGAGGGGAUGCGUUGUUGGCCCUGGAGAAAUGCAAUUACAACCUGGAAAGGGCGGCGGAUUACCUGGCUAGCCAGUCAUGA